GGACCGUGUUGCUGUGUGGGAGGGGGAUGAGCUGAGCUGAGUUGGAGGCUCGUUCAGCCAUGUUAGUUUCCUUCUGCGGUUCACAUACGAUGAGAGGAGCGUCAUGGCCUUGUCAAUGAGCGGAGACGAUGAAGAAUAUGAGUCAGAGUCCGAGCAGCAGCGAGCAGUUAACCGGCCAAAGCCAAAGAUGGGGACAACGUCGGCCGUCAAGCUGCCGUCCAACCGCAGCGCGUCGGGAGCCAGACGCAGGAGGACGCGCUGUCGGAAGUGUGAAGCGUGUCUCCGCACAGAAUGUGGAGAGUGUCACUUUUGUAAGGACAUGAAGAAGUUUGGAGGGCCAGGGCGCAUGAAGCAGUCCUGCAUCAUGAGGCAGUGCAUUGCGCCUGUCCUGCCCCACACAGCUGUGUGUGUCGUGUGUAAAGAAGCGGGGAAGGAGGACACGCUUGAGGAUGAAGAAGAGAAGUUUAACUUCAUGCUAAUGGAGUGCUCCAUCUGCAAUGAGAUUGUCCACCCGAACUGCCUGAAGGUGAGCGACGCCUCCGGAGUGGUGAACGAUGAACUGCCUAACUGUUGGGAAUGUCCCAAAUGCAACCACGCUGGCAAAAGUGGAAAAGUAUUGAAGCAAAAAAGGGGCCCCGGGUUCAAGUACGCCUCCAACCUCCCCGGCUCUUUGCUGAGGGAACAGAAGCCUGCGAAGGAAGAGGGGGACCUUUCUUCUGCGACGAAGAGGAAGCCAGAGCGAGAUGAGACACCCAGGUACAGAACCGAGGAGGCUCUCCAUCGACAGCCGCCACUGCUUUCCCCCAGCAGCCUGCCAAGGCCCAGACCCGAGGACAAGCUGAGGAAGAAGAGGAAGCUUUUCGAUGAUGAUGAGGAAGAGGAACUCUGUGUGAGGAAGAAGGAGAAGUCGGAUGACCCAUAUUUUUCUAAACUUCUUUCCCAAGUCAAGACAGAAAAGGAGGAGGAAGAUGAUGAAGAUGAGGAAGGAGGAAGAGAGUCUCAUUUCCGGAGUGGCGUGGACAGGAAAGGUCGCUUUGGAGAGCCUGAAGAGGAAGGGGAUUAUAGGGACUCAAGGAACGACUCUUUGAAUUCUUCCAUUAAAACACCACUUGGAGACAGCGACCACUCUCUCUGCAGCUCUCCGCAGGCCGGCCCCAGCAGCGAGGGCGGAAGUGAGACGCAGGAAAAAGGGCCCCGUCCAAAGGCUCGCCGUAAGAGGCGUUUGCCCAACAGAGAGCUGAGCCGAGAACUCAGCAAAGCACUGAACCAGGAAAUCCAGAAGACUGAGGACUGCCUGGCCAAUGAGAACAGGCAACCACUAAAGGUGGAACCAGAGACGGAGAACGAGGAACCAAAGAAGCUGUUCCGCAAUGGUAAUGAACUUGGCGACCAGAGGUCUCACCUUAGGACCAAAGAGAUGAACGGGAACACCUGGGACCUGCGCCACUUUUACCCAAGUCAGAUCACUCCUCUGGGCUUCAACCGGAGCACCCCGACUACACGGCCAGUUCCCCCGCGCUCCCCGCCCAAGUGUGUCCAAAUGGAACGGCACGUAAUUCGACCGCCUCCGAUCAGCCCGCCCCCUGACAGACUGCCCCUGAAAGACGGGAAAGCACACAUCCUGCAGCGCGAGGUCUGGAUGAAGAUAUUUGGCUAUCUCUCUCACCAGGAGCUGUGUGUCUGCAUGAGAAUCUGCAAGACGUGGAACCGAUGGUGUUGCGACAAGAGACUUUGGACAAACAUAGAUCUGAAUCGCUGCACCUCCAUCACCCCGCUUAUGCUGAGUGGGAUCAUCCGCAGGCAGCCAGUCUCCUUGGACCUCAGCUGGACCAACAUCUCCAAAAAACAGUUGAGCUGGCUCAUUAAUAGAUUACCAGGUCUGCGAGUGUUAAAGCUGUCGGGUUGUUCCUGGGCUGCUGUCUCUGCACUGUGCACCUCCAGCUGCCCCCUGCUGCGCACUCUGGAUGUCCAGUGGGUGGAGGGACUCAAAGAUGCACAGAUGAGGGACCUCCUCUCACCGCCCACUGACAAUAGACCAGGUCAGCUGGAUAAUCGCUGCAAGCUGCGGAACGUUGAGGACCUGCGGCUGGCAGGGCUGGACAUCACCGACGCGUCCUUGCGUCUCAUCAGUCGACAGAUGCCUCUGCUGUCCAAGCUAGACCUGAGUUACUGCAACCAUAUCAACGACCAGUCUGUGAACCUGCUCACUGCAGCAGGAACUACGACCAGAGACUCCCUCACAGAUAUCAACCUAUCAGUUUGUAACAGAGUCACAGAUCAUUCACUGAACUAUUUCAAGCGCUGUGGCAGCAUCUGUCAGAUCGACCUUCGCUUCUGCAAGCAGGUGACCAAGACGGCCUGCGAGCACUUCAUUGCAGAGAUGUCUGUGAGCGUCCCAUUCAAACUGAAAGAGGACAAGCUGCUGCAGAAGAUAAGCUAGUUUUUAACGGGACAAAACCAACCUUUUCAGACUGUUUUUGCACUUAAACUUCACGUCCGGUGAUAAGUCUCUGAAUCACUGUUGUCGUGGAAUAAAACGAAAGGGGAAAUUUCUGGAGGGAAUUCUGCGCGAGGUGAAAUUCACUGGACGGAAAAAGAUUGCAUGUAUUUCUUUUUAUAUUUUUACUUUCAUAAACGUGGUUGUAUUAGUUAUUUUAUUGGUUUUGUUUCAUUUAGAACAUAUUUUUGUACAAGAAAAUUUGAAAGUUUUUUUGUUUUUUUGUUUCUGGAGCUGAAUAUCAUAGGCUCUUUUGUCAUGUUAAACAAAACAACUUACCUUCCUUUUUACCUGUGUGCCAAAAUCUCUGUUUGACAUUGACGCUUCAGUAUACAGAUAAGAAAAAGAAAACAUGUAUGUGCUGUGAUUUAAUUACCAUUAGCUACUUGAAAUUGGUGAAUUUCAGUGAAAGCGAUAAAUUUAUAAAUUUGUUACACCCUCAUGUUUUACGCAAACAUUAACUGUAGAGGGGUUGGUUUGGACGUUUUCAAUAAUAUUUCAAUAUUAACUUAUUGAUUUAUAUUUUUAUUACAGUUUGUAUUUAUUUGUUUUGGUUUCUUUUUCCAGUGACUUGACAUAGGUGUCUUAAAUGGUUGGUUCAAAUGAUGCGCGUGAAUAAUUUAUCAGGGUGGCUGGAGCUUGCCUCAGCCGCCCAGUUUGUGUGUUUUGGUGUCCAAAAGUCAGUUACAGCAAAUCUAACAAUGACUUGAAAGCAGGCAACCUCACACAAAUAGAUAGGCAACUAAUUAUGACCUCUGCAAGUAUUUGCAUACAUUUGAAAAUAUACUUCAUACAGUAGGUGUUGUAUUUUUGGGUGUCGUGCUGUAAAUUUAUCGCCUCAGGUGAAUGUGAUUAUGUUUAUACAUGUAAAUCAACAAAGAAGUGCUCAUUUGCAUUAAAAUAACUAAAUUUGUACUGUCA